UUGACCCACAUGGGUUAUGCGCGCACACCGGGCAUCCGCGUGAAGGCUUUUUAAUCCGAUUUUUUCCUUUUUAUAAAAAAAAAAAAUGCCUCCUUAACACCGCGGAUUUUAUUCUUCAAGACCUGUCAGGAUUGGAGUGAUUGAAGUGUUUUCUGUCGACUGACCGAUGGAAACAUGAGCCGAUUUUAUUAUCGCAUGCUUCUUUUCCCAUUUACUCUCUUCAGUACUGUUUUACUUCCGACUUCUGGAAAAUCCCAAAAUGAAGCUGACAGAAACGGAGAAGAAUGUCCUGACAAUAAGAUUUUAACAGUGGAGUAUCCGUGUAUCAGAGCAGGAGGAGAGCGUGGCACAUGCCUCAGGAGGAAGUGCUGUAAAGGUUUCAGGUUCGUCAUGGGUCAGUGUGUACCAGAAAGUGUAGACGUGUGUGCAGGUUCUCCGUGUGAGCAGCAGUGUAUGGAUAACUUCGGCCGGGUGGUGUGUACGUGUUACAGUGGCUACCGCUUCGACCGGGAAAAACAUCGGCAGCACCUCCAUCCGUACUGCUUAGAUGUAGAUGAGUGUGAGGAGUCUAACGGGACGCUGUGUGAGGACGUGUGUGAAAACACACCCGGCAGUUUCCGCUGUCGUUGCAGUGCUGGAUACACACUGGCUGCAGACCAGCGAUCCUGCAUACCUACACACAAACUCUCUCUCUCACACUCUGCAGGGAAGUCUGAUACCCAGAUGAGUGCUGGUUCCUGCUCUCUCACCUGUCAGGACAUCAUGAACAUGAGGACUAGCCUACAGCAGCUCAAACUCCACCUGGGACACACACACUCGACUGGACAGGUGAUCUCACCUGAUCUAGCUAACAGCAGUGAAAAGCCACUUCCUGGUAGAGUGGGGAAAAAUCAUGAUAGCCACACCAUGUCUGGUCCACCAGGGGUGCCAGGACCCCCGGGGCUGCCAGGACCUCCAGGACAGAAAGGAGAACCUGGAUCCAUUGGUACUCCAGGGCCUCAGGGUCCGAGGGGUGAUAUGGGCCCUAUGGGUCCCCAGCCGGACCUGGAGCAUGUUAAGAGGGGACGCAGAGGACCAGUGGGACCACCGGGAGCACCUGGAAGAGAUGGGUUUAAGGGUGAAAAAGGUUCUCCUGGACUCAGAGGACCACCGGGACCUCCGGGAUCUUUCGACUUCCUCCUACUGAUGAUGGCAGACAUCCGUCACGACAUCAUCGAGCUGCAAGACAAAGUGUUUGGAAAGAGGACAGACUUCUUACUGGACACCCCCCCAGACGCCAUGGUGGAGGCGGAGUUUAAAGACUCGGGUUCAGGACAGGACGAGAAAGUGCUCAAUACAUGACGGAUGUGAAGGCGUGGCACAGUGAGAUGUCACAAUAAAGGACAUGAAACCGAAGCUGGCCGUCUUCAGUACUGAAACUUUGGACAAAUCAAGCAGCUGUCUCUCCGUCAGUGUACAGACAGCGAUGAUAACCCCGAAUGUCGGCUUUGCUUUGGGGCUCGAAUGAUGGAGAGAGAGCAAGAGCAGAGGGAGAAAUAAAUCACUUAAAGCGCACCUAUUAUGGUUUUGAAACGUGCCUAAUUUUGUUUUAAAGGUCUCGUACAAUAGAUUUACACGCAUCCGAGGACAAAAAACACUUUAACGUGCUCAACAUUUAAACUGCAGCAUUAUCUUUUUCCCCCCAGUGUCACAAACGACUCGUUCAAUGAUUCUAAAGGAUUCGCUCUAAACAUACUCUGCUCUGAUUGGUCAAAUGUCGCAGUCUGUUGUGAUUGGUCUACCGCUGUCAGCGAGCAGCCGAUGAAGACCAGAGGCGGGGUUUAUUGUUAUAAACCUACGUAGGUUAGUACAGGAAAUAAAGUCUGGAAUCACUAACGAUUCGAUUCAGCUGUUCAGAAUCGAUUCCUUCGUUUGAGAGUCGAUAACUCCGUUUGUCGUGCGCUUUGAUUUUUGAAACUUUGCAGACUUUUUACAUUCAGAAACAGCGACAUAUAUAACACACUACAUGAACGGGAAUAUUUGAAAAACCAUAAUAGGUGCACUUUAAUCUCAAACCACAAACUAACACAUGCAUUUGGUACAUGUACAGGAUGAAUCAGUUAUGCUAGUGGUGUGCCAUUGUAGGAAAAUAAUCAGUGUGAUGUGGGUUGAUGUGAAGUGGAGUCAUUCUCACCACCCUAAAGCUGAUUAUUCUGACGUUUUAAUUUCCUUUUAUACCACAGCAGUUUGCCCUCGAUUACAAUUUUUUUUUACAAUAUUACAUUUUGUGCUUUUUAUCCAUUUAGAGUUACGUUUAUUGUUGUGGAACGUCCCUGAAACAAGCUAGUUCCUGUUAUCACUUACAUUAUAAAAGCAGCUACAGUACUAUAAACAGUCGUUCCUUCGGCAGUCUCUCUUAUAAUACGAGAUCAGACUGAAGACUUUUGGCAAACUUAAAGUUACAGCUUUACCCCUGACUAUUACGGUAUAAAGCUCCGAAACUUGGACACGCCUUCCAAAAAAUAAAAAAGAGCUAAAGAAACAUCUCCUUACAGAAAACUUCACCAUAUCACAUACCACAAUUACACACCUUUUCAUAAUCUGUUUAAGGGUAAAAAUGAUCAGAACGAGUGCGUUGAUAUCAACAGGAUUUGCCUGGCAGCAGGAACUACAGUCAGAGUUGCUGUUAUGGGAAAUUAAUCAACACCUUCUGACCAAUCAGAAUCGAGAAUUCAACAGUGGAAUAGUUGAUCAUCUAAGCACCACCUUGUACCUUUAAUGUUAACUAAUUGUUUUUCUCCUGAAGCGUCACAGAAGUCUUGAAUAAUCUACGAACUGUCCAAUACUGCCAUUCUCUUAAAAUAAAUAAAUAAAUAAAUAAAUA